GACUCGGCAACGUGAAAACGAGGCUUGUGUCGUAUAACAAAGCUGUGGUUACUAAACCGUUUUCUUGUUCUUUGAUGAUGAAACUACUGUAAGACGUCCCAUACCUUCAUUCAAAUCCUGAUGAAGUUUGGGUUGAGAGUGUUCGAUUUCAGUCUCACUCAGAGACUGUUUCAAUCGUAGAUUGCACUGAACACAGGAAUGUCAUCUGGUAAGGAAAUAAUGACGUCCCAAAAGCACCUGCACAACCAGUGUGAGAAGAUAUGGUCUGAUGUCAAUCAGGUUCACACUGAUUUAUCAAAGCUAAAACCCCUGGGUACCCUCAGCUCAGCUGAAAGUCAGAUACUGGAAGUUAGCAAGGCAAAGGAGAAGCAGUUGGCAGGAGAGCUCCAUGUCUUAAAGAACACGCCUCUUGAAGCGUACCCUGUGGACACAAACACGCUGAGAGUUCUGUUGCAAGAAGAGCUGGAGACUUCAACUGCACAGCUGCAGCAAACACUUGACGUUAUACAGGCUCAGAGGAAAGAGUUGGAAGAGGAACUGAACAGAGAAAGAAGUUUGUUGGAACAACACAAGCAAGUCCACCAGAGCCUGGUACAGAAAUUGGAAGCAGCCAAGGAUGCAAGCCAAGAGCAGCACGACAGCGAUAGGAGUUUGAGGGAGUUAACGAGGAAGAGACAGCGUGCUGUCGAGAUCCAACAAGAGUUGAUGCGUAAUCUCGCCAAGUUUGCCACCCUGCAUUUUCCCCUCCCUUCCACGGCAGACGUCAACAAAGCGAGUAAAAGGAGACGAAGCUCGACAGAGUCAGACGAUGAGCAACAUCGAUAUAUAUCUCUUCUGGAGAUUCUAGAGAUACUCAUGAACAAGUGCACAGACGAUGAACCAGAUCCCUACAUCACCUUGGACGAGUCUUUCUGGCCUCCUUACGUGGAGCUGCUGUUGAGAUGUGGAAUUGCCUUGCGCCAUCCGCAGGCCUGCCAGCGAAUCAAGCUGGUACCCUUUCACCUGUGACAGUCAUGAGAAAUCACGGGCGGCAGGUGUUUUCAUGCUUUCUGCACCAAUUAUGCCUUCUCUGUUUCGUGCCAAUUCACGCAUGUGCAUGUACGGACCAGUGUCAACAGCAACUGUUGGAUUUGUCAUACCGACUACUUGUAGUUGAUGUGUAACAAGUGUAGUACCUGCAGGAAUUGUUGCUGGUACGACACCAUGUGGUAACCAGAAGUGGUACAGCUAUGUGUUACCUUAGACACCUGAUGACUCAGUUGAGUGAAACAAUGAACACUUAUCAAGCAAGGCUGGCAGGAAAGAAAUAAACAUGUGGCUUUCAUACAUGCUGGUAGGGCCAUUGUUGAAUAAGUAAUGAGCUCAUAUCUUGCCCCUCCCUGAUGGGGAGGUCUGGGGUAAUCCAUUAUGUACACAAAGGGGUAAGGUGUGUGGAUUAAUACACUGGAACAGGAGGCAGAGCUAAAUGAGAAGGGGAGGGGGCCGACUAUUUUUCCAUCUUCUCUACACUGGUACUGAGAACUCUCUUUCUAGUGUGGCUUUUAACACAUGGAAAUUGUCCUGUUUGUGACAAAGUAUUAUGCAACCAAUUUCCAUGUUGACACUUCUACACUGAUUUCACUGUAUUUGACUUGGAGGUAAAUCUAACGUGUUUGUAGAUAUCAAUUUCAUUGUGUUUCUUGUCCUCAAUACAAGACUGUUCACCGCAUCAACCAUGUUUUUGUCAUAACCAAAUUUGUUGAAAUGUACUGUAAAUAUUGUAUAUUUAUGUUUGAAAAGGUACUUUAAGAUA